CAUUGUCAGUAUUAUCUUCGGUAGCAAUCAAGAAAAUAUGAAAUUUAAUGCUUCUUCUUAUCAUGUUUGCAUAUUAUCUUUCAACACUGAUGGCAAGAAUUUCUAAACUCGUAUUACGACUGUCCAAGAAUAGCUAUGAUAAAACUAUACCAUCAAGACAAAUACACUUUUGUAUAUUUUCAACUAUAUCAAUACUAUUGAAAAUUGAAUUUUAUCUUUUCUUGUUCCAUUUCAAUGACCUCAACAUGUAAAUAAACUCUUUUUCUUAACUCUUCGUCAAUCAAAUGUUAGCUAUUUUUCUAUUACACUAAAUAGAUUAAUUUAGUUGAAACUUUUAAAUAGAACUUUCAUUAUACAAGAUAUAAUCACAUAGUAUGACUUUUUUUAAUUUAUUUAUUUUCGAAAUAGAAUUUCUCCAAAUGCAAGUUGAUUAUGAAAAUAAAUCCAUGCUAGUCGUAUGUUUAUGUGAAAUAUGAAGAAAAGAAAAGAUAUAUUCUACUUUGCUAAUUAUUCAUUUUUUGUGUUCAGAAAAUUUGACCUCUUUCACAAUCAAAGUCCAAAACUGAACUAAUUCAGUUUGAUUCCAGCUCUAAUCAAUGAAAAAAGUUUCAGAAACUGAGCUAGAUGAAUAGAUGAAUAUCUUCUAAUGACUAAUAGAUAAUGGACUCUGAAUGUGAGGCAAACAAAUUAAACUUCCGGCAAAUAUCUUUCGAAGUCGUAAAUCAAGUGAAACUAAAGAAAUCAGAUUUAUUCAUUGUUCAUCGUGAUCUAAUUUGUAGGAGUGUUGAUCCAUUUUGAUCUGUACAUAAACUGUAAAAAAGUCACUCUACUCAGUGGCCAAUGUAAUUAAUUCCUUUCUAAGAUCGUUUUCUGAUGAUAAUGUAAUUGUAAGUAAUAUGAAAAAUAUCAUAAGUUCGUAUUUUCUAAACUAUCUAAGACGAUCCAAUAAAAAGUAGUUGACGAAUAAAAAACAGAAAUAAUGUAAGGUAUUUGAAUUGCAAAUCAAAAGUACCAUUGUACUGUUAUUCUACAGCAAUCUCUGCGGAAUUGAUCUUUGUUCAACAUGAUUAUUCAGCUUUCAACGAAAAGAUUCUUUAUUUUUACGGUCUUACAAAAUAGAUCAUAAGCAUAACUCUCUAUUUCAUUGUAAUUUAUGCUCGAAAAGAAUAGGAGUGAUGACAUCUGAGAGCGAAAUAAAGCAAUAAUGCAUGAUUGACUGAAAAUAUUACAAUGAAUAACUUUGAAUUCAACAAAGUACCAUUUUAAACUAAAACAGUUGUUGCUGACAAAGUUGAGAGUUUGACUAAAAAACUAUUUCUCGUCUUCUCGCAAAUCCAAUUUCUAUGAAUAAAACACUUCGCUCUCUUAUUUUAAUAAUUUUUCUUGUCUCUAUUUUAGAUUAUCCAUUACGUUCUCCAUCCAGCACCAACAUUCAUCCGAAUGCUCGAUGGCAACAAAAUGGUAUCACUGUGGCUGGAGGAAAUCGACGAGGCAAUGGAAUCAAUCAACUCUCAGACCCAUUGGGUUUGUAUGUUGAUGAUGAUCAAACAAUCUAUGUUGCUGAUCAAUCAAAUCAUCGUAUUGUGGAAUGGAAACGAGGUGCAACAAGUGGCCAAGUGGUUGCCGGUGGAAAUGGA